AUGGUGCCCCAGACCCCAGAUGCAACAAAGAAGCUGCAAGAUAUGGGGAGGGCCCGUAAUUCCUCCUGGAAGGCUGGUAGGCAGAGGGUUCCCCGUCUUGCCUUCCACACUCUUCUCCCAGCUGUGUCUGUGAGGCCCUGGAGGGUCCAGAGACCCGGCUGUGGGUUGGAUGGACAGGUCGCCUCACAAGCCAUCUCCUUCCUCUGGGCAGGCAAGAGACGCUACAACAUUAAACUGUGGAAGACCUUCACCGACUGCUUCAACUGCCUGCCCAUCGCUGCCAUCGUGGAUGAGAAGAUCUUUUGCUGCCAUGGAGGCCUGUCCCCGGACCUGCAGUCUAUGGAGCAGAUUCGGCGUAUCAUGCGGCCCACAGAUGUGCCUGACCAGGGGCUGUUAUGUGACCUGCUGUGGUCCGACCCUGACAAGGACGUGCAGGGCUGGGGCGAGAACGACCGUGGUGUCUCCUUUACCUUCGGGGCUGAGGUGGUGGCCAAGUUCCUGCACAAGCACGACUUGGACCUCAUCUGCCGGGCACACCAGGUGGUAGAAGAUGGCUACGAGUUCUUUGCCAAGCGGCAGCUGGUGACACUCUUCUCAGCUCCCAACUACUGUGGCGAGUUUGACAAUGCAGGCGCCAUGAUGAGUGUGGACGAGACGCUCAUGUGUUCCUUCCAGAUCCUCAAGCCCGCCGACAAGAACAAGGGGAAAUAUGGGCAAUUCAGUGGCCUGAACCCUGGCGGCCGGCCCAUCACCCCACCCCGCAACUCCGCCAAAGCCAAGAAAUAGCCUCCGCGUGCCCGCCGUCUGCCCCAGAUGGUGGACUGUACAGCAGUCUCACAGCCGUGGGGGGUCACACUGGCCCCUACGCCCACCUGUCAAAGGAACACGGAGCCUUGGUGUAUUUUUCUUUUUUUUUUAAUGAAUCAGUAGCAGCGUCCAGUCCCCCAGCGCUCACCCUGCCUGUGCCUUGGUGGCUACAAGCAGGAUCCUGGGGCUGAGGCUGCAGCUCAGGGCAAAGCAGGGCCAGAUUGUGGGUCUCCAGCCUUGCUUGGCCUCAGGGCUGGCAGCCGGAUCCUGGGCAACCCUUCUGGUCUCUUGAAUAAAGGUCAAAGCUGGAUUCUCA